AUGCCUCUGCCCGGCGGCGGCAAGUCGCUCGUGGCGCUGGCGACGCCCAUGGCCGACGACGGCGCCGUGGACCUCGACGCGCUCCGGGCGCUCCUGCGGUGGCACGUCGCCGAGGGCACGGCGGGCGUCGUCAUCCUCGGCACUACGGGCGAGGCGUCGUGCCUCACGAACGAGGAGAAGGAGGAGGUCAUGGCCGCGACGCGCGAGGAGAUCGGCGGCGUGCUUCCCAUCGUCGUGGGCACGGGUACGAUCUCCACGGCGGCGACCAUCGCGGCGACGAAGCAGGCGAAGCUCUUCGGCGCGGACGCGGCGCUGGUCGUGACGCCCUACUACGUGAAACCGUCGCAGGCGGGCCUCCUCGCGCACUUCACGGCCGUCGCCGACGCCGUCGAUUUACCGAUUGUGCUCUACAACGUGCCCGGCCGCACGGGCGUCGACAUGACCGUCGAGACGACCGUGAAGCUGAGCAAGCACGCGAACGUCGUCGGGCUCAAGGACGCGACGGGCGCGAACAACCGCGUCGGGCCCCUCCGGGCCGUCUGCGGCGCGGGCUUCCGCCAGUACUCGGGCGAGGACGGCAUGGCGCGGGACUACGUAACCCAGGGCGGCGACGGCGUCAUCUCCGUGACCGCGAACGUCGCGCCCGCGGCCGUCGCGCAGGUCAUGGCGGCCGCGGGGUCGGGCGACGCCGACGCCGCGGAGAAGGUCGACGCGUCGCUCCAGUCGCUCCACCGCGACCUCUUCUGCGAGGCGAACCCGAUCCCCGUGAAGUGGGCCCUCCAGCGCAUGGGCAGGACCGCGGGCGGCAUCCGGUCGCCGCUCUCGCCGCUCGACCUCGACUUCCACGACCGCGUCUACGCCGCGCUCGCGCAGGCGUCCUGCGUCGAGGGCGGCGCGGAGACGACGGGCUCCUUCGGCUGGCCGUCGAAAGAUUUGGUGCUCCGGGGCCACCUCUUCGACACGGGCCUCAUCAACCAGGCGCUCGACAUCAUCGAGACGAGCGGCGGCGACCUCGAGCUCUCGAACUUGAACGUGUCGCCCAACGACCAGUUCAACACGGAAUUCAACUUCAAGCGCCCGUCGUCUGUCGACAUCCGCGUCUUCGGCGUCGACGACGACGCCGUCGCGGCCAUCGUCGCGCGCCUCCACUCCCUCGUCGAGGUCAUGGACAAGGCCGAGGGCUCCCUCACGGAGGUCUAG